UCCUAGUGUGAGUAUGACCUGAAUCUGGAAGUAAUUGCACUCAAUAUGCGUCCGGGCAAAGCCAUGCCGUCUUCGCUUCCCUGUCACAUCCUCCGUCCUUCCUCCUGCCUUUUAUGUCCCUCUCUUUCUCUCUCUCAGCAUACGCAUACUCGGAGUUUCUCAGCUUAUCUCUGGACGUAAUUGCGGCCAGAUUCAUCCAGGCCUGCUUGUAAAAGCGGUCAUAUACAUCCAGGAAAGUCCUGGUGCGAGUACGGCUUCUGUCUUUCUGUCUCUGUGCGACAUUGAUUGGCAAUGAAACGACAAAUUCGCCCAGCAUGCUCCUGCUUCAUAAGAAGCGGCUCUCUCCCAUCUCCGUCUGUCGUUGCGACAGUGGGGAGAGGUGAGAGCACCCACCCCUUGACAAUGUGCGUAAGCGCAAAAGCGCACUAGCUCAAAUUCCAGUUUGAAAUCUUGUUGCGCCCGACGUCCGGACUGCAUAGCUCCUUCUGACGGGGAGCUCUUACCUCACUACUGUAGGAUGCACUCGCCAUCUGAAAGGAACUCUCAACUGUCUUUGAACCACAUCUCCUCAUCGCCUCCGCCUUCCUCCUUCGCUUACCCCAAGGCAGCGAAAGCGGGCAACCGCACAUCAUCUAGCACUGAUGCGACAUUCUAGAAGCACACUCAAACACACACACACACACACACACACACACACACAGAGAGAGAGAGAGAGAGAGAGAGAGAGAGAGAGAGAGAGAGAGAGAGAGAGAGAGAGAGAGAGAGAGAGAGAGAGAGAGAGAAGUGACGGGCCGGGAGAAGGGGGAGAGCAGGAGGCCGUAGUAGUUGCGGAAGAGAAAGAGGUUACUAAGUAUGUACCCAGAGUGUACACGGAUGAUUUCUGCGGCAGCAGCAGCAGCAGCAAAAAAAAUGCACAGACUGAGAUCGGCGAAGUCGGCUACAUGGUUUCCAGUCAUGGUGAUGGUGGUGACGGUGUUGCUGCUCCUUUUCCCGACAGGCGUUCGCUCUCGUGGAACCUCACAGUUAUGGGCUUCCAAUGUGGGGCAGACACGUGGAUAUGCAUAUUAUUAUGCUCAUACCGCGGGCGACCGCAACGACGCCCUCAGCAGGGUGGUCUCGGAUGAGGUCACUGACACCCGUUCCCCGAGGGGGUGGAAGGCGGCUGAGGCUCUCAGUACGACCGUCGUCUACACUGGGGUAGACGGCGGCGAAGAUCGGGCGAACGACGAUGCGAUGCACGACGUCCAGGCUGCCAUGGAUGAGGAGGAAGCCUUAGGGACAGAAACGGCAGCGCUCCAGGAACCCACCGACGAUGAAGACGGGCAAGCGAGUGCAUCGCACAACAUCUUUUCGACGUCGGCGUUGGGAUCCCAAAGAGACAAUGAUGACACGUCUCUUGUUCCGAUCAAAGAGGAGAUGGUGCCGGAUGAGACACGUGUCAUCACGCAGCAUGUGGGUUGCAUGAUCGCCAGAGGAAGGGGAAGAAAACUUGGCGCCAAAGUUAGCUCGGAACGAAGGGAGUUAAAUCAGAGAGAGGAUGGCUUGGCGGUGAUGAAUGGCAGUUCUAUGGGAGUUAUUGUGAAUGUUAGCGAUGGCGAAGGCCUAGCUAGGGAAUUGGAGAAUACCGGGGCAGAUGGCACAGGGAUGAAGAAGACUAUAGCGGUGACGGGCAACUUGUCGCUCGCGAAUGUGUCUGGAAUCCUGAUCAACGGAAUCAGGAAGCUGAUGGUGGUCGGACGCUGCGGGGAGGGUAGCAGGUGUAUAGUCUCCGGUCACGAGAGCCAGCAAACUUGCUUGAAGUUCGGCGGCGAUGGCGGCGGCGAUGGCGGCGGCGAUGGCGGCGACGAUGGCGGCGGGGUCGUGGAACUGUUAAACCUGGAGUUCAGGAACCUUUGCUUCGAGUUCAGCUCGCGGAAGGUGGGACUGUACAACUGCGUUUUCCGGCAGUGCGGCAAAACGUUUUUCCGGUUCGAUAGAAAUUUGACACAGGGCAGCAGCGACGCAGAGCCGGCGAAGCUUGUCAUAGAUACAUGUACUUUCCUGAAUACCAAUGGAGGGUUGACUCUGUACGAGUUACCUUCAACGGCGUGCUUCUCCCGAUCUGUCUUCGCCUCGACGAUCGAAGCUGACAUCUUGAGGGUGAGAACAACGUCCGGCAUCUUCCAGGAGAGGAAGCUCGGUAUCUUCAACUGCACGUUCGGGUACGGCACGGGAGACGGGGCCAACACUAUACGAGUGGGCUGGUUCCCCGAUCCCAGCUCUCAGGGGUCAGAGGAAGAAGCAGAAGGAAUUCAGCGCGCCGAGGGUGGGCGGGACACUCUUAUUGUCUUCAGCAACAGCACGUACAUCAACGGCAGUGCGGUCCACGUGCAGCUGGACGGGAGUAAUCACACACUUAACAAUCGGAUGUCGCGACUUAGGCUGCGCUUUUGCUCGUCGCCUUGGACCCAUCGUCCUUCCUUGAUUGUCGGCGGUAGCCGGCUUUUGGAAGAUCAGCAGGGCACGUCCAGCGCAUGCUGGCCAGCGAGGGCUGGUCUACUUAGCGUUGACAGCUCUUCCGCUUGUGCCGCCUGUGCAGGAACAGAAGCAUUCUGCAACUACACAGGCAACGACGGGACGAUGUUCCAGCUGGAUCCGCUCUCCCUCGGGAUCGCCGACGCGCAGCCCGUCGUGAAGAACAACGAUAGCAAUCCUACGGUCCUGAUGAUCCCCGCGAACAGAACACAAGCACUUCCACUUGUGUUGGCCGAUAAGCCGAUGGCGGGGGCGGGGGCGGCGGCGGCGGCGGCGGCGGUGACGGCGGCGAAUUGGAGGAACGAAAGGAGAGCUACGCUUAUGGCCAUUUUGGUUCCAUUUGCAGUUGUGAAGGUCGUAGCUACUGUAGCGGUAGCUGUGUGGUGGGUGAGGCGGCGGAGCAAUGGCCGCCGCAAGCUCAGGGCCCUUUCCCGCGAGCUGCUUCGCUUGCGGAUCUUCACAUCCAAGGAGCUGCGACAGGCGACAUCCGACUUCACGACGGUCGUUGGCCGUGGCGGGAGCGCGGUUGUCUACAGAGCGACUUUCGCCAACGGAGAUACCGCUGCCGUGAAGUGCUUGAAGCGGGAACAAUGGCUGAGCGAGAGCGAGUUCCUCUCUGAGGUUUGCACGCUUGGGAGGAUAUCUCACAGGAACCUUGUCCAACUUCUGGGGUUCUGCCGUGAGAAGGACAAGUACUUCCUGGUGUACGAGUUCGUGCCUAAUGGUAGUCUCAGGAAGUACCUGCACCCUUCUCCCAGCGACGGUAAUUCGCCAGCCGCAUCUCUCGAUUGGUCGACCAGAGUUCGAAUCGCAACAGAGAUCGCCACGGCAUUGGAGUACCUUCAUUAUUUGCUCAAGCCUCCACUCAUCCAUCGAGACAUAAAGCCCGAGAACGUGCUGCUGCUCGAGGACUUUACACCCAAGGUCGCGGAUUUCGGUCUUUGUCGGAAGCUCGAUGGGGUUGAGAGUGUGAUGGACCGCGUUGGGACCGUUGGCUACAUGGCCCCCGAAGUGUUGAUGUGCCAGAAUGUCACGGAAAAAGCUGAUGUCUACAGUUAUGGCGUGCUGUUGCUGGAGAUCCUCACCGGGAAGCGUCCGUUCGCAAAGGACUUCUCCCUGGUGGAGUGGGUCAAGACCAUCGCCAAAGACCACAAGUCGGUUGAUGUAAUUGUCGACCCCAGAUUGGAAGGAGCUUUCAACUCGGCGCAGCUGUACCUGAUGACUCUGCUGGCAAGAAAUUGCAUCCAUCGCAAGGCCGAGAAGAGACCAAACAUGCCGGAUGUUGUGCGAGCACUUGAGAAGAUCCAAGAAUUAAGCCGCCCUGAGGAUGGGAAUGUGCAGAACGUAGCGAAGGCGCUUGCCAAGAUUGAAGGAGCGAGGAUCGACGGCAACGGUGAAUCGAACUUACUCCUGGAAUGGCAGACAGAAGAUAGCCGUUGGAUGUCGGCAUUGUACAAGCCCAGAGGUCAUGUGCAUCGAGUUGACUCAGUUGAGCAUCACAUUGACGGAGGUGAAUCCGACCAGGAUGAGGACAGCUGUAGAGAUCAGACGGUGUACAGUGGAAGCGAUAGCAAGGAGCCUGGCUCUUCCAAUGACGAUCAUCGUAGUCGAAAGAUGGUGGAGUAGACAAGCCGGAAUACUAUCCAGUCUUCUCCUGUUAGAUGACUACUAGUAGUAUGUGUCCUUUUCAUGACGAACUAAUCAUCUGCCAGCGAAGAGGUGGAAGAGCAACCUCUUCAUGAUUAUUAGUACGUGCUUUGAUCUCCUCUGAUUCUCCUUGCGAGCCAAAAGGAGGAUAUCCCAUGACUUGCACCUGAUUCAGAGGGCCGUCGUUCCCACAAGUUGUCUGCUAUAUAUAUAUAUAGGCUCCACCAUCGUCAGCGCCUCCCAACCUUCCCAGG